AUGCCCUACAAAAAUUCCGUUGACACCAAUACAAGUCAUUUUAACCUCGAUGUAUCCGGCGUCGCAGGGUUCUUCGGGGGCGAAGAAGCCAUAUCUGCAAUGCAAACCAUUCAUCUUUACAAGUACAGAAAAUGGAUGGGAUGGUACAACUCCCCUGGCAGCUGGAACGUCGGCAAGAGGUUCGGAAUGCUCGCAAAUUCUCGUUUUUGGGACGGGCUUUUCCCUGGGCCCAAUGAAGACCCCGCAACAUUCUUCGAGCUUGAUGGCAAGCAGGGCCCAAAAUAUGUCGCAUCUAGAUCAGGAUCCAUCCUGGAGCACACCGGCCACCUUGCGUAUCUAAUGAUGCAGACAUGCAAGGAGGAGCUAGGAGUGCAUGUAAAAGGAAGAGUCACGAAGCGGAAUAAAGUGACUCUUAUCCAGACACAACUCGUUUUUGAAGAGUCGACGGCAAAAGAGAAGCCGCCAGUACGCACAAUUCUACCUCACGGCGGGCAUCGCACGCGUGUUGCAAUUCUACCGAUAGCCGUCAGUUUCACCACAUGUGCGCUUUGUGGAUGGACAUACGACUGGUUCUGUUGUUCGAUGAUCCUUCUGGGUAUCAUCUCAAGCGGCUUGUCCUCCUUGGUCAUAGGGUCCGCGAGUUUAGAGCUGCAAGGCGUGAAGCCAGCGCCUACGGCUCCGCCCGGAGACGGAAUGCUGAUGGACGGUGAUAGUAUUGUCCUCCUGCUCGGGAAAGAGGAAAACGUCGCUACCAUAACGAGAGGCAAGUUCACUCUAAAUUAUGAGCCCUGGGUUAAGAAGAGAAGCAGGAAGGAAAAGAGUAAACGUCCCGUUCCUAGAGACGGAACGAAGUCGACCAACUUGAACCGCAGAAGCGAUGCAGAAGCCGGUCUUCAAGACCAUUCUUUAGAACAUGGUCCAAACCAGGAGGCCAUACCCAUCAGAGACGAAUAUGCUGCUAUUGGAUUGUGUUCGCUCCUGCUCGUCAUACAACUCCUCGCUCAACUGCUCUUGAUCCCCCAGGGCACAUUCUUUGGUCAAAUCAUGUUCCUGUCCUCUUUCGCAGCUUCGUGGGCGUACAACUUGUACUUAUCCUCAAUCGACAAAGAGUAUAUCCAGGAACAAUUGCUCCUGAAAAUACUCAACCUAGAUGAGCGGCAUAUGCGGACGUGCAGCCUUGGCACAAGAACAACUGCCGCCGUAUUCGCAUGCCUAAUGCUCCAGCCUCCUGGUGUCUAUGCAGAAUCGGAAUGGAAGAGACUAGGUUUCGAACCAGAAGGGAUCAUCUGCAAAUUCAUUCCGAACAAUACGCCAGUAUGGAUUACAUGGAGAGAGAAGGUUUUGGGUGUAAUGAGAGACCGGAAAGUUCGCAGCCGAGACACUUGCUACGAUUUGCUCCAGAUGAGUGAUGAGGAGAAAGAUAUGUUCGAACCGAAUGACCAAAACCUUCUCGAACACCUGUUAGAGGAUGCUCGCACUGCAUACGAUCUGGCCAUGAGCGAACAGCAUUGGCUUGGAUCUGGAAUGGAGCAUCCUGUCGGUGACCAGUAACUUGUACCUAUGUACAUUGGCUUAUGCCAUCACGACUGUAAUCAAUCAUGCAUUUGAUUUGCCGUCAAAAUCGAACAAUCCAUCGACGACUCACUAAUAUUUACAUCAAAGGGAGGGCUAAAGGAGUUGCACCUUGGUGUGAACCUUGGUUGAAGUUCAAUAUGAACCACUC